AUGAAUGGUGUGUCAAUAGACCAACCGCCGCCACAUACAAUAACGGUACCAGCCGCCGCCGCCCCAGAGAAAGAAGAGAAGUUGUCGUCAGAGAAUAAUACUGGAUUCCAGAAUCUUCAGGAACCUCCCCAACAACAUAUCAAAGAUAACACAGUGAUUCAGCGAAAUGAUAAUAUUGAUGGGUCAACGGUUCCUGAGAUCCCCCAUAUCACCGUGAAUAUCCAGCCGUAUUCCGAAGUCAUUGAUAAAAUAUCAAAACACGCCUACCAUGAACUUGUAACGUUGAUCAAGACAUUACCAUCGGCAAAUGAUCCCGCAAGAUUUUAUGGUAAUUCUUUUGAAGAAGAUCUCCAAAGAAAGAAAACAUUGUUAGAGUUGAUUGUCAAGAUACGAAACUAUUUUGUCAAGUUGUACGUUUUGAAUAAAUGGAGCGCGAAUUCCACCUAUUUCAGCAAAUUGAUCGAUUUAUUGAAUUGGCUCAGAGGCCAGCAAAUAUUCUAUGACUCUUUGGUCGAUAACAUCAAGAGAAUUAAGAUAGAUUUGAAUUUUGCCAAACUCCCAAACCAUGACUUGAUCACCAGUUUCAUCGUGUUGAAUGACGCACAUUAUCACAAUAACCAAAGCCAUACGGUUCAAACCGAAAGAAAUUUGAGCUUAUUACCAAGUUAUAACUUACUUCAGCCAACCAAACUCAAUUCCAAAUUUCUUCUCAAACUUUUGAAAAACUUGAACUCAUUUCUUCAUUUGAAAUUAUCCAAAUUAUUCUUGAAAUGUCCAACAAACCCAAUGAACUCGAUUGUUUUUCAAAAUUGUGUGAUCAAAGAUGGUAAGCUUACCAUAAGUAUCAAUAACGAGUUUGAAGUAAUAUUAAGUUUGGUAAAUAUUGACACCGAUAGUAAAGGAAUUUUUGCCAAUAAAGUUUUGGAAAAUUAUGCGUUUGUGGUGUUAGAUUUUAAAUUCAAAUUUGGGUUGGACGAUUUUGGAAAUAUCAUUUUUAACAUUGAUAACCAGCUACCACUAUUAAACCUCAAGAAUUUAAUCACAUUUUUGAAUGGCAACAUUCUCUACCAAACCCAAGAAGCUGCCCUGGAAUAUACCAAAAACCCGCUAGUCGAUCUCUAUAAAUACUUGCAUUCAUACUCUCUUAACUAUAAAUUAUAUUUGAUAAACAGUCAACUCAACAUGCUUGUUAAUGGGAUUUCCCCUUCUUUAACCGUUGCUGAUGGCAAAGCCCCGAAUGCUUCUGCUAAUGCCUUAAAUGGCACAAACAAACUAACCUGGGGUUCCAACUUGAAGUAUUCACAUAACCCUGAGAAGAGUAUCAUUACAGUGUUCUACUGGACCCAAAAGAAGUUCAUUAAGCACAAGUCGUAUAUUCAGAUUUGUGUGGUGGAUGAUGAAACAAGCCACCGAAAAUUAUUAUUCAAAUGGUUCAAGGAUGGUAAGAUAUUCGAAGGACACGGGUUUGAUGAAUUGUUUGAGCAACUAGGAAAUGGGUCAAAAGUCAAUACCAAUUGGGCUGCCGAAACUGGGGGAGGAAUUGCGACAAUCCCUGCCACCAGCAACGAGUCCCUUAAGGGAAGCUUUGAUAAUGAUAAGUAUCAGAAGUUUUCGAUCCAAACGUUAUUAAGCUUAGUAUUGAGUAAGCAUAUUGAGAUCAUGAUUAAAAAUAUUCACAGUAAAUUAGAUGGCAUUGCCCAAAAGGCUCAGGAUUCUUUUGAGGCAUCGAUCUUUCAAACCGAGGAAACUGAAGAAGUGGGUACUCUGGCUGGUAAAGAAAAUAGUGAAAAUGUAAUAAUGGAGGAGGCUGAAGAAGAAGAAGAAGAAGAAAAAGAAGAAGAAGAAAAAGAAGAAGAAGAAAUGGAAGAAAAUGCUAGGAAGGAUGGCGGAGCUAAUGGUACUGAGUCAUACAAACCUUCUGGCUUUAAUAACUAUUCUGGUUCAGGAACAGUAACGAAAAAAUUCAUCGAACUUAUUGACAAGUACUAUCUUUUGAUCAGAUUGAACCAUAACAAGUCAAUAUACUUUUCAAUUGAUUAUCUCACUGGCCAUUUGUUCUUUAUCAAUCCAUCACCAUCUGUCAACGCGAUUUGUUCCAAGUAUCAGUUCCAUAAUUUCGUGAUGGCUGCUAAUGUCGCUAAUAACAAUACUGGCUCAUCGACCGAACGUGAAAUUAGAACUGGACCUAUAUUCCUCAUGCCAAGCAAUUUUAUUGAUUUGGAAGAGACUAUUGUUAUUGCUCACCAACUUCUUAUUUUCCGCAUGGAACUUCUUAGACACGAAACUCUCAAAGUUUUGUCGGUUACUGAUUGGAUUAAUUGCCCUAUUAUCAGCCUUGAGCUCGGGGAAAUCUCCAAGCUUCAAAACAAACAACCGCAAUCUACUACUACUACUACUACCACUACCACUACUACUGCUACUACCACCACCACCACUACCAAGAAAUUCAAUAAAGUGCCAGAAUCAUUUGCGGUAGUGUUGAGAAGCUACAGGAAUUUCUGGUCUUUACAAUAUUACCAAUUGAAGAAUUGGCCAAGAAAUUGGUUUUUGAUUGUGUUUAUUGCAAAUACCUACUCCAACAAACGUGACAGUAAACUUUUUUGGUUAGCGCAGAUCAAAUCCAUCAAUGGUAAAUGGACCAUCACUUUGCAUAGUCCGUUGCGUAUGAAAUCUGUGAUGCCUACAAGUUCCAGGGGUCCAAGAGAAGUAGCAAAUUCUUUGGAUUAUGAUGCCAGCAUGAUGAUUGGUAAAAGUGCCACCAAUAAGAUUUCCAUCCAUAUUGUCAUGGAAGAACUCAUCAGUAACAAUGCCAAAACCAAUGUUCCUGGGAACUCUCAGAAGGCUCGUCUUGAAUCGAUGCUUCAUGGGCUUGAUUUCCAAAAGAAGAAAAAUAUGGCCACUUGUGGGAAAACUUCUUCCGAAGAUCUGUCACUGCUUAUUGUCCUUGCUAACAGUGGUUUGAUCUCGGUGCCGAACUUGAAAAAUAAUUUGAUUCUCACGGUUGAGUUAUUUAAUUCCAAGAUGGGGGUUGAUUUAUACGGCCAAAUGAAGUUUAAAUUGCCAUUAUUACAAGACCCUAGUCAAAUGGAUGAGAAUGAUAACGCAUUUAUUGAGGUUGAUACUACUGGUUGGUAUUUCCAUAUUGCAUCAAAUGUCAGCUUGAAUCUGCCGACAUUUAAACAAAAGAAGCUCGUUUAUUUCCAUCGUGUACAUAUGCUUUUAAAGCGGUUUGGCAAGUUGAUUGAAUUGGUGAACUUUUUAUCAAGAUCUUUGAAAAAAGAAUCACAGAAUUAUUUGGACUUAUUGGAGAUUUAUUUGGACAAAGUAGUUUUGAAAUAUAAUGGAGGAAGAUAUAUUUUUCACAUUGAUGUCGAGAAUGACAAGCAACCAUUGAGAUUGGAAGUAGAAAAGGGACAACCGCAUGAAUUUAUUAAUGUUCAGCUACAAAAUUUGUUAGAUGACAAGUGUGGGGUGAUUGAAAUUUCCAGUAUUUACAAGAAAUCAUCGUCAUCAUCAUCACCAUCAUCUCAAUCGUAUUAUUCUGCCGGUAAUGCGGUUAGUAGGGUGAUUAAAUUCAUCAAACUUAGCCAGCCGAUAGUCACCGCAAUUACAAACUUCGAGGCUUCUACUAAGAGACAUUUCAAAGAAAUCUCCAAGACCAGUGCUCUUGAAACGGUAUCGCUUGAUAUUAAGUAUCAUACAAUUUGCUAUACUUUGGUGGAUUAUGCGUUGAUUUACGAUGUCAAGAAACACGUCAUUCGUCGCCAAGAACAGAAAUCAACGAAUUUCUCUAAUGUGAUUAGUAGAAGUUUGAUCGAGAUUAGAAUCGGGUUCACUGAAGUGCGAGGCAGAAAAUGGGUCAAGAUACGGUUGGUGCCAAUUUGUAUUGAAAACCAGUUGAACAACGAAGUGAAAAGCCCGCUGAUCCGUCAAAAGAGAAGUUUGAGUAUUGGAUUAAGAAGAAUGCUGGGGGAUGUCGCCUCGAGGUUAGCUGGUACUGGCAAUGGUAGCAAUUCGGAGACUGCAACUAAUGGCCGGAUUCAUUUCCUUGCAGAUUGGGUGAUUUGCGAUGUGGAAUUAUUGGGCGAUACUAUUACAUUAUUGCAUCAAGGUAUCAUAAAAAGUUUCAAUAAUAAAUAA